AUGUUUUCACAAUGGAAGCACAUAACUGCAGCAUGCAAAUAUUCAUUUGCUAUGGAAUCACCAUUAAUCAAUCAGGAAUUUACAAAUACAGUUAACGGUCUCUGAAAUGCUGGUAAAGCAUUUAAAAACUAGAAAAAACACAAGCUAACGUUAAGCUUUAUAAUAAUAAUUCCUCUUGCGAGCAACAAUGUCGCAAUAUUUACACUCCGUUAUUCGUUUCACAUAUUUUUAAAAACUAACCACAGACAUAAUCUAUUGCAUACGACCGAAGUACCAAACCGUACAGAAAAUAAUAGCAUUAUUAAUCCAGUGAAGUUGUGAACGAAACAUAACUUAGUGUUACCAACCAACGAUAAAUGUUACAUGUUACAGAAGGCAUUUCAUUUCAAGUAUGAUUAAAAUUUUAUUGAAUAUAAAAGAGCUUUGUAGCAUUUCUCACGCUUAUAUAUUUAUUUAUAUAUAUACAUAUUUAUUUACUUAUUUAUUUAUAGUAUAAUAGAAAAAUAAGUUUAUUAACAGUAUAAUAGAAAAAUCAAAACAGAAAAUUUCAAAUUUCAAAAACAUUCAUCGCAAUGUUUCUUCAAAACGAAAUUAUUAAUGUAAAAGUAUAUGUAACAAUUUGAUUUAAUUAUUUUAUGGUAUAAAACCAAAAAAUUGAGGAAAGUUUCUUAUUUGAAAAUAUUUUUUUAAUUUGUUAUUAAUAAUGUAAAUUGUAACAUAAUUAAUAGUUGUUAUUUAUCGUUUGUAUCCAUGUUGGAGAAAUUUUCCAUUUAAAGUUGUAACGCAUAAUUUCGGUUAUAUAUUCCCAGUGUUUCAAAGAUUUUGUUACGUCGAAAAUUAUUAAGCAAUUAUUAUUGGUAUAAGUAUUUAUUUCUCUUAUUCGAAAUCGGAACGUCAUUAUAUUUUAACUUUUUUUUAUGUUAUCGUUUAUUUCAAUUUACUCGUGUCAUUUAUAUUCAAUGUUAGUACGAACGUUUUAGGUUGUUUUACUAUGGCUCAUCAAUGUAGCUGUGGUGAUACACACAAUGAUUUAGAAUUAGGAGUACAAUAUAAUUUAUAUCAAAAAAUUGACAUAGGAAAUGUAGAAUGUUUAAAUGAAUAUGAAGAAGGUAGUGGAGUUACAGUAUUUAAACCAUGGGAAAGCAGACUGGAUAGAGAUAAAGUAUAAAAAUAGGCCACGUAUGACAUUUGAUGAUAUAACUAUAGAACCUGAACAAGAGUUUGAAUUGUGUGUAGAUGCAAAUGGAAUACAUGAAUAUUCGCCUAAGAUAGUUAAAUUCUCAUCAGUACAUCAUUUAAGUUUACACUUUACUGGCAUUGACAGAAGAGAGAGAAUAAAAAUUUAUUAUAUUGGAUUGAAAGGAGAAUGGUCACCUGCGCAUCAUCAUGGUGUUACAAUUUGUACCUAUGAAUUACGUCCUCAAAUGAGUGAUCAUCCAAAAAAAAAUAUUGAAGAUGUUGAUAGAACAAUUAGCUGAUUUUAUAAUAAAAUAUAGAUAGAAGCUUUUUACGUGAAAAAAGAAAUUCUAAAGGCCAAUAAAUAAAUAAAAAAUAAAACAAAUAAUAAAAAUAUGUUUAUCUUCAAAAUUUAUUCAUUUUAUUUUGAUAUUCAAUUAAAUUUUUGCAUAUUAAAUAUUGCUACAUCAUUAAUAAGAUAAUAAUAUUAAUAAAACAAAACUGUUAAUAUGUUUUCGC